AUGGUCCUCACUGACUGGAUAACGCAGAGCUUAUCUCGUAGGGACGCCCUCGGGACGUUGGUGCUUGUGAUCCUUGAGGGACGGCGAAGAGUGUCUUGUGAGGGGGAGUGCGUGUUGCAGUAUGUGCGAGUGACUGAAUCGCUUCAAGUCCGAAACGGAUCAGUGAGUCAGUGGUUAUCAGAGCUUCGAACUUUGUACGAAGCUGAAUGCAUGAACACGCUGCAGUCGAAGUCGGUGCCAGGCGAGUCCGGACGCCGCGGCCCCUCUUUCCCCUCGACCCGCGAUGCCGUCCGGGCCAUACAGCGUCGAGCGCACGCCGUGUCGACAGAGUUCGCGAGACUUUGCCAACGCCUCGAGUGGCUGGAGCUGGACCAGGUGCCCGCGCUGGCCAAGUCCCUGGUGUGUCACAUCAACACUUUCCUGAGGGAUUACACCACGCAGUGGACGUCGGCCGAGUCAGACUUCCAGCCGCAGUCAUCGCUGGGUCGCCAGAGCAAAGUCAUCGAACAGAUCUGCCAACGACUUACGGACGUGUGCAGCGACGACCACACGCGAGAGGCAGACGAGCAGGACACGACCCGGCAGGUGGUGCAGGUGGUGACGGCUCUCGGCCACGCCUUCACCAAGCUGGUCGACCUCAUGCUGAGCCGCGAGAUCAAGGUCGUGGUAGCGGCGCUGGAGGAGCCUCGCGGGGAGAAGGAAGUGAGCAGCGCGGUGUCACACCUGACGGCGCUGGGAGUCGACGGAGGCCACAUCUGCCGCCUCAUCGCGCGCCUGGGCGGCGUCCGCGCCCUGCUCAGUCUCUGCCUCGAGCCGAGACUGCGGCAGGUGAGGGUGGCCAGCCUGAGGGCGCUCGCUACCGUCUGCUGCGUCGUGGAGGGCAUCGUGGAGCUGGAGAAGGCGGGGGGCGUGGAGGUGGUGGCGGAGGUGCUGUGCGACGAGGAGUGUCCCGAGGAGGAGCGGAGCGAGGCGGCGGGCGUGCUGGCGCAGGUCACGUCGCCCUGGGUGGAGGACAACCACCGCCUGGCGGGCCUCCACGACAACAUGGACGCCAUCGUCGCCGCCCUCACAGGCCUAGCGGAGCGGACGCGAUCGGCGGAAAUCUUCCUGCUCGCCUCCGCCGCCCUCGCGAACCUCACCUUCCUGGACGGGGGCUGCGUGGGCGCCAUGAGAAGGGCCGGCACCGCCCGCGUCCUGCUCAGGGCCGCCCGCGGGAAUCCUUCCAUCUCCAUCUUCACCAAAGACCAAAUCGCGACGGUGCUGGCCAACCUGGCGGGGUCUCGCGGGGCGGCCGAGGAGGUGGUGACCGCGGGGGGCGUGUCCGUCCUGCUCGCCCUCCUCAACACGCGCCCCGCCCCCUCGCACCGCCUGCCGGAGGUCGCCACGGCGGAGCGCGUCCAGCAGAAGUCCGCCAUCGCUCUGUCCAGGCUGUGCGGAGACGCCGGCGUGGCGCGGAAGGUGGCGCAGCAGGGGGGCGCCGAGCGUCUGGUGCAGCUGUGCAAGGACGAGGGCGAGAGGAACCAGAGCGACGCGGUGCUGGUGGCGUGUCUGGCAGCGCUGAGGAAGAUGGCUUCUUCCUUAGGAUCAGACGAACUGCGUGACAUGGACGCCGCAGAGUUGGUGGAGCCGCGUCUUCUGGAUUCCUUUCUCACCUACUCCUCUCGGCAGGAGAGCUACGUCUGAGGGAGGAGGAGGAAGCGCCCGAAGGAUGGCAGGAGGGAGAAGGAAGCGCCCGAAGGAUGGCAGGAGGGAGGAGGAAGAGCCCGAAGGAUGGCAGGAGGGAGAAGGAAGCGCCCGAAGGAUGGCAGGAGGGAGGAGGGAAGCGGAGGGAGGAAAGGAGAGAUGGAAAAGGAGGAAUUUUCUGGGAGAGAGAGGUCGGAGGAAGAAGACGCUUAUGUAUUAGAUACAUUUAACGAAAAAGGAUCCAAAAUAUUUACACCAGAAAAAUGCCUUUUAUAUCUUGCACACAACUUUCACUUGUUUUUUCUUAAGUGUGAGUGAAAGUCGUUAGUCUGAGUGAUUGACAGUUGUUUACGAAAGACCAAAAUUUGUUUGAGUGAAUAUGAUUUCUUAAUCUUCGUCUUCUUUCACUUUUUUUUCAACAGUUAUACGAAUUUAGAUUGUAAACAAAGAAACUCAUUUAUAGAUAUAUAUUGUUGAAUUAUUCUUCUCUUUUAAAAAAGUUCUAUCGGUUUUAUUUUUAAAUGAUAAAGUAGCCUAUGUGUCGAAUACGACUUUGGUUAUGGCAUUAAGUGUCAUUUUGGUAUUUUUAUGAAUGGUUGUCUAACCCUAAUCAGUCAUUGCUCAUACCUGGGCUCUGCCUCGCUAGUCACUCAUUUGUACCAAAAAAUCUUUUAUGUAUAUUUGUAGAUUUCCAAUAUUUUGUAUAAUUCUGUGUAUAAAUGAAUACAGAUGUUUUAAAUGAAGCA